AACCGAUUGUACGCGUACGGAGACUGAUUUCACGACAGCAGUGUUCUUUCGCCCUAAUUUCUUUAAAGUUCAGAGAUUAUCGAUUUUCUGGACCAGACAACAAGAGCUUGAAUUCAUCUAGAGUAUUCCCAGUCAAUUGGUACUUGGAAGAAGGUAUGGCUAGUGAAAGCUUCAUUGGGAACUAUCUGUCCUUAGACUGCGGGCCGGUCCUAGGGACAUUCCAAGGUGAAGUUUCUUCUGUGUGCAAGAAAGGACAAACUAUCUCUCUUAGGAAUGCAUUCAGGAAUGGAGUCAAGUAUGGUGUUCCUGAAGUAACAAUGAGAGCUUCAGACAUCAAAGAUCUAAAGAUCCUGAAAACAAGUGCUGAUUUGAAGGCAGAGGCAGAGAAAAAUAGAGCGAUCAUCAAAGCAGUCAGCUGUAAAUCAAAGUCUGAAGCAGUAAAUGGAGACGCUGUCUCUAACAACAAAGACACAUCUACCAACAAGCUGAAUGGGGAGCUUAGUAAACCCAGUCUGACUGCAGUAAGGAGAUCAGGAAAUACAGAAAGAGCUCACAGCAAGUCACCCCACAGAAAACCCCCUACAGGAACCUACAAAGAAUCAAGUACAGAAGGUGGACAGAAAAACAAACAUCAGAACCACCUCAAUCACAGCCAACGUUCUGCCUUCCACUCACCAAACCGCAACGAAACCACAGGAACAGACUCCCAGGAGAAAGGGAGGGUUGGGUUCAAAGCAAAGCGCUCUGCGUCGUUUUCGAUGCCCCAGGGCAAAGGGGAUGAUAGUGGCAGACCUGGUAGACCAGGGUUUCAGAGGGUCCAUAGUGUGGAUGGACUUAGUAGAUCAGGUGGGAAUGAGAAUGCAGGUAGAGAUGAGGAAGAAUACAGACAAGGAGGAGACAAAGGAAGGAGAAGAACUCAUUCUGGGAACCACGAGAGCAACCACACACGAUCAUCGCCUGUCAAGAUCAGUGGAGGCAAUACCCGCAAGCACAACCGAGGAGGAUUCAACUCGCGCAACGCCGAAUGCUUCAGUGCCCCUGUGGAAAGCUUCCUCAACGAUGAUUUUGACUUUGAUUCCAACUUUGCCUUGUUUGACAAGGAGAACUUUUAUGAAGAGUUGGAGGCCAUGGGGGAUAAUCGGCCUAAGAGACCGGGACCUAGGAAUCUUCGCUUCGAUGAGAACAUUUUAGAGAGGAGGGAAUCAGAAGAGGGGAAGAGGAUCACAUGUCCUGACCCAACUGGCAAGUGGUAUCAUACAGAUACAGACAUGCAGAUUCCUGGGAUAUCACCUGAGUUAAAGGCCAGACUGAUGUCAUCAGCCAUGAAGGUUGGCCAUACUGUAGAGAGGAGACUUGAAUCAGUUGGACUGUGUGCAGCUCAGGUAGCACUCCAGCUACUAGAUAAACAAAGACGAAUACAUAGCAAGAAGAGAGCCACAGAACCAUCGGUAGUAGUCCUAUGUGGCCCCCACCUUGAAGGUGCCCAGGGGGUAAGCUGCGCCCGUCAUCUUACCUAUCAUGGGUGUACUGUGACCCUCUUUGUUCCCAACUUUGUCAAGAUGCUGGAAGAACUGAGGCAGGAGAUGGACCUCUUUGAUGCAACCGAUGGGCUCAAACUACAGAGCUACAAAGAUCUUCCCAAGAGCACUGACCUGACUGACAUGGUGAUCUGUGCUUUGGAUACUCCUAAUGACACCAUCACCCAGGACCAAGCCUGGUAUAGGGGUAUCCUGCAGUGGCUCUCUGAGACCAACAAGGCGCCCAUCCUCUCCGUAGACCCCUCCAACACCCAAUCAUUUCCAAGCCAGUGGGGUGUCGCAGUAGGUCUUCCUCUUGACUACACCAGUAAGGUUGGAGACUUGUACCUCUGCAGUUCAGGUAUUCCCAAGAAGGCGUUCGACGAUGUCGGCGUCCGUUACAUGUCCCCCUUUAGCCGGGGACUCUUUGUUCACCUGGAUGUCUCUUAGCAGUUGAUGUGAGAUAUGUUCGCGUGCAAUGGGAAAACAUGGGGAUGCUGUAAAUCACUGUGUAUAAGCCACAUUCCCCCCCCCCCUCAUGUAAGCCUUUAUAAGGAUACAUGGUUUCAAUAGGCUUAAAUUGCAUGGACAGUGAAAGCUCAUAUGAGAUAUUAAAUCAAUAUUUCCCAGUGACCAAAGUCAAAGAAUAAUUUUUGUGAAAUUUUAGACAGAAAGUCUAUUACAUUUACUUUGUUGUAUAUCUUCACCUGGAUAUCAAUAAUUUAGUUCUGUGAUAUAUCUAUAUUCCUUUCUAAAAAAUCUGGCUAUUUCUGUUAAAGGAUACAUGUCUAUAGCUUAAAUAUGCAUGGAAAGUUCUUUGUAAAAAUAAAAUGCAUUUACUAUAAAUCAUAAUCAGUCAUGAGAGGCUAGUAUUAUUAGUAACUUUAUUUUAUUCCCAUUUUUUCUUCUUUUUUCCCCUCUCUAUUAUUGACUAUUCUUCAUCAUCAAAGAUGAUAUUUAUUCUCAUUGCUACAAAAGGAAAUUAUAAUUUUUCCUAUAAAUCUAGAAAGUUUACACAUUUUACAUCGCCCAAUAACCAGUGAUGUGAUAAAUAUUUGUAGCAUAAGCAUGCCUCCGUCAGUAUAUAUAUAUUUUUUUAAAUAAUAGUCGUUUGCUAUAUACACAGUGAUAUACAGUACCCCGUUAUCAGGGUUUUGGAUAAUUCUGCUCUAAUAAAUGCAUGUUCCUUUCCAGGAAAAACAAAUCGAGAAUUACAGAAAUCAUAUUUUUAAAACAAUGUAUAUUAAUCCAAUAAAGGAGAGAGAAGCAAGUUAUGUUGGAGAAAUUACACCUUAACAUUUCAAACAGUAAUUGACUUGGAGAGAAGUGUGUUUACAUAUUUGAUAAUACUGCAUUUUCAAAAUGAGGUUUGUCAACCAUAAAGGCUCCAAACUAUAUUUUUAGAUAUACGGAGUUAUUUUUCUCUUGCAUUUUUAUGUUCAAUACAGUGAGAAAUAGAGCUUUGUGUCAGUGUUUUUUUUGUUUGAUUUUUUUUUUUUUUUUGGGGGAGAGUGGGGGGGGGUCAAGCUCCACAUUGUUUCAAGCUCUGCAUUGAUGUUUCAACUAUAACAAAAUUAGUGUGCAUGGAAAAAUCUUGAACUUGAAGCUAAAUGUCUAUAGGCAAGUUGAAAUUUUCUUGAAUUUGUUUGACUCCCUUACCUGAGAUAUGUUUAUCUAUCUCCUCAGAUUAUAUUUUUUUUGUCAUUUAAAAAAUCUUGCUUAUAGAAAAAUGUGUUAUGGUGAUGCCAAAGCAACCAAUAUUAAGUAAGAUAUUUUUAACCAUUUAUUUUUUUCGUUGUUGCCCAGUUAUUAUAUGUUAGAAGAGUGUCAUUUGAACUCUAUAAGGAUUAUUUUGGAAACAACUAGUACCGUAUGCUAUUUUCGCAUAAUGU